AUGUUCCACAACAGACAGAAUCAAAAUUCCGAUGUCAUAAAAACACCUGCAGAUAUAGAUAGACUAGUAGCUGAUAUGAACAGAUUGCAAGUACCCAAAGAACUUAAAAAGCUCAUAGUUUAUGUCUAUGAAAGAAAAAUAUAUGGCUCCCAGGAUGCUAUCUCCAGAGAGUACUUAAAUUUUUGCCUUGCUAGCUACUUUAUCUUAAAGACUGAUCAGUAUGAGAGUUUGCUUAGCGACCUGCAGCUUAUGCCUAUGCAGCGUUUUAUUCAGAAAACUGUUGACCUUCUCUCCUUUAGGCCAGGUUUACAUAAAGAGGUACUAGACUUCAUUGAAAUAAAAUAUGAAGCUUUUCCAAAGCAGGCCAGAGAGAUAACUUUGCUAUUGGAUGAUGUUGAAAUAACUCCAGGGUUGACAGGGAUUGCUGGUAAUCUUUAUGGCAAUGUGGAUGAUGGUAUAUCCCAUAACCAUACCCCUGCAAAGUAUGUCACACAAAUCUGGAUCAGAUCACUAAUAGCUUCAGAUUGCUUCGAUCUAUUGGCCUACUAUUUCACUAGCCAACAUGCUACAGCAGAACAACUGAAAAACUAUAUUUUUGAAUGCAUCACUAAGUUACAAGCUAUUAACCUAGAUGUUGUUCUGGUGAAUACAAAGCUGAAAUCUAACUUUUGGGAAUUGUCAGAGUUAUUGGGAAUAGGUCCCCAAAAACAAACUUUCAAGGUGGAAAACAAGGAAGUAGUUUUCAUUUUCGAUGCGCCUCACAUGAUGUGCGUGACACGUAACAACUUACAAAAGCACUAUUUAAAGAUGGAGGAUGGAGGUACAACCUCCUGGGAACAUAUAAAAACGUUUUUUGUCAAGGAGUCUGGAAGCGGCCAGAAAAAGACACCACUGACCGCAGUUCACAUCGAACCUCAUAAGUUCGAUCGUAUCACACCAAGUUUAGCUAUAGAUGUGCUAAGCAACACUGUAUACACUGAAAUGAAAUCGUAUGUCGAAUCUGGAAAAUUACCCGAAGAAGCUUUGGCUACUGUACAAUGCAUCACUUUAUUUGACAGAGUGGCUUUGAUGCCCGUUGCGGUACGUAAUUUCCAAGUAGAUGGAAGUAGCUCCCGUGAACUUUCAACAGACCUGGCCUCGUGAUGGUCUCCAUAUCCUGCAUUGGUAUUGCCUGAAGAACAUCCAAUGUCACGGCCUUACCCUUGCUGGACCAUCCAUUGGCUCGAGCUGCCGCCUUGAAGAUCUGCAGAUAGUUCGGCCUGCUCGUCUUGCCAUCGAGUGUUGGAGGUUAUUUGAUGUGUUGAAUUCAAAGUAUGCAGUGGCUAUUAAUGAGUACGCUAGUGGUUACAAAGGAACAAAAUGGCAGAAAGAAUAUCUAGAAAAGGCAAUGAAAUGCCUCGAAGCUUUAAAAGUCGUAGGUACCAAAGGCGAAGACAAAACUGGUGAAGUGAAAUUUACCAAAGCUUGGUUGACCACCAUAAGGGGUACUAUGAAAGUUUGGGAGAUCAUUAAAGAGAAAGAUCACCCAUAUUUGCUUACUAGGCACAUGAACACCGAACCAUUGGACGCAUUCUUCAAGGCACCUAGAGUGUUUAACAGGAAUCCAAUAAACCCUUCUGAAUAUUUCCAUUAUUACUUUGCAUCAUUUCUUCGCACAUAUUUUUCAAUGAAGCUUAAUCUGGUGAAACACACAGAUGCGGAAGAGUAUGCGCGUGUGGUUUAUAAAAGGAUUCCGGCAGUUCGGCACAAUUUGGACACUCCUCUCCAACGGAUGGAACAGAGACCGACCAGUUGGGAAUUUCUAGUAAUCAAAUCCCGUCUUCAGGCGGUGUGUGACGAGCUAGGCCUUAACCGCAUACCUAUAUCGUUUUAUUAGCGGGCUCUGUAAAAUAAUUAAAUAAAGUGAACCUUUAUGUUACAUGAAUCACUGUGUGUGGCUGAUUCAGUUUCAGCGAAGAGAGGUGUCUCUCGUCUGUCGAGAAUAGCUUUAGUGCCAUACUAUCUAUCGUUAAACGUAAACAUAUGAUUUUUUUUACUUUGUUCCAUUGAUUAACGUACGAUUUUGUGUUCAAGUAUUACGUAUUUUCUUAGUAUUCCUAGUAUUAUUAUUAUUAUUAUUAUUAUUAUUACUAUUAUGUUUGUCGUUUUGAUGAUCACUUGGAUGUAAGAAAG